AUGGAUGGCUCCUCUCAACCACCCUCCUCUCAACCACCUGCUGCCUAUGCAACAGUUCCGAAUUCACCGUCUGAAUACGAAUACGAUCGGGCUUUUCCUCUACCCUCCGAGAGUAUGUUGCACGCAGCAGCAAUCAUAGAACAGCGUGAGCAACAGACUUUGCACGCCGUUCCGUCCUCAGACUCGGCUGAGGGCACCCCUCUUCCCCACAAACGACUCUUGACUCCGAAAAAAAAUGCGCCUUCAUCCAUCCGUGCGCUUGCAGCACAACGAAAGGCGGAGGCUGAAGUGCAAUUUCCUUCUGCCUCUGCAUCGACACCACCGCGGCUAUCACGACUACCGCUACGCUCUCCGUUCGCUGCAAACCCCACUGAACCCUCACAGCUCACUGAGUCUGAACAUCAGUAUACCCAUCCUUUUGGUGUCAUUACGUCUUUGCCCUACCAAGGUCAUCCACAGUUUACCCCGCUAGCGCUAGCCGCUCCUCCUCAACCCUCUCUGUUAGCAGUUCCUUCAGGAUAUCGCCAAUCCGAAGUUCUAUCUGGUAUCUCCUCCGAAUAUCCGACAGGAUCAGGAUUACCCCCUUUCCAGGCAACAACAGCUCGUUCUAUGCCGGCCACCGAAGUACCAGCCGCCGAAGAGAUUGGAGGCCGGCCAACAAAGACCGAAGCACAAGUUCUGCAGGAGUUGUUCGCCGAGAUGGACUCAUUACUCGAGAAGCUGGCUGAACGACUCAGCACUACGCCAGACCUUCUUCUCAGUCGAUAUCUCGUGAAUGACUCACAUGGUAGAAUGAAGGGGAAGGACAAUCCCUGGAACUCGUAUCAGCAGUGGGUUCUGAAUGAUGAUACUAUUCUUGUCCAAGAGAUGCAACGCCUUGAAGGGGAGGUAUCUGAGGAUGUUAAAUGGGACAGUCAAUCCCAACCGACCGUUCAGCAACUAAGAUUGACAUUUGCGAAAUUCAAGGAAGAAGUGGAAGAUUGGGAUGAAGUCCUCCGAGAAGCGUCGGCGAUGAAAGCACUGCUACCUGGACAGCUUCAACGCUACCGUCGAAAAGCGUUCGAGUCGAUCUUCCAGCGGAUAAAGGCUCUGCUGGAGACCUCUGACCAUCGCUAUGGUUUUAGCGGUGUCGUCCUCCUUGCUGGGAACCAAAUCAACGAAGAUCAGUCACUCGCACACGUUCAUACAACCUCCAAAGUAAAAACGUUUGCUGAAGACUGUUGUCUGACGACUGAAGGUCGUCUGAUGGGGCAUUUUCGGGCACUUGCCUUUCACAAUCUCCGUCGCGAGAUGCUGAGGGCAGAAGUUCUGGAAGCUGCAAAGAGGCUAGAUGAAAAGCCAUCUACCUCUGAUGUAGCCUCAACUUCGACAGCGGCACCAACGCCCCCCUCGAAGGAUGCACAUUCAAAUCAGGCCACUUCGAUGAUUGCCCUUGGCGUCGCUGUUCCAAACUAUUCGUCUGAAACGGCACUGACUGAUGCAGCUAGAAAUGCGGUUCUUAAUCGAGCAGUAACGGCUGGCCUCAAGCUUGACAAACUGCUCUGGAAAUCGCUACACGCGCCCAUGGUGAAGCAGGGAUAUGUUUUAGUCAACUAUCCUAUCGGCGUGUUGCUACCGUGGACACCUUCUUCCUCAAAUAGUAAAGGCAUCACAUACCUCGACAAGGCGUCGCGAUUGUAUCUAGUUGCAGCGUGUCACGAGCACUGUCGUGAUAGACUGGUGUUUGUCUCUCAGAAUAAAACAGAUAUCAGAAAUAACGUUGUUCCAAUCCUCUCCUUUGCACCCGAUGGCAACGGCAAAGUAAAGGAGGUCUUCCUUCGAGAUAUCAAGUCAACGUCCAAAACUGGCUCCCAGACCAAGCGCAAGGUCAAGGUGGAAUCCGACUCGGACUCAUUGGAAGGCGACGAUAACGACGAACUCAAUGAAGACAAGAACGUUGCCUUACUGAUCCAGCAUGAAGAUGAAGAAACACCAACUACCCGACCUCGGCGAAGUAAUCGUAGCAAGUCUCAGCCGCCCACUGCUGAUAUUGUUGUCGCCAAUAGGGCCAAGUCUCAGCCGCCAUCUGUGACCGUCAAGAAGGUCUCCUUCCAGGUGCCAAACCAACCAUCAGUUGCGAAAGCGUCGAAGUCUGCUACUGUUGUUGCUGACGGCAACGUCAGUAUCUCCUCUGCCAGUCAUCCGGCUGAGUUCACUUCACCUGACCUCCUUGCCACCCUCCGUAACAAGGCCGAAGUUAAGCCAGCAAUAUCCAUGGUGGACCUGAGCGAUGCAGUCACGGCGAUCAAGCGACAAUCACCCCCUCACAUGGAUGAACUCAGGUCAAAAAGACCACGAUACAACGACCCUACCUCUACAGAAUCCAUGCUGCCGACUGUUCAGCCAACUCAUGCACGCCAAAGCACACUGUCCUCCACAGACGCCUCCUUGGCUAGUAGUGUCCAUCGUGCUCCUCCACCAGCGCCGCCAACAUCUGCUCUACCAUCAAACACUUCCCAUCUCAGGCCAGCAUCGCCGCCAUCUAGUCAGAUGCGUCGCUCCACCCCCGUCCUGCCAUCUAGUCAGAUGCAUCCCUCCGCCCCUGUCCCUCCGCCAUCUAGUCAGAUGCGUCGCUCCGCCCUCGUCCCACCGCCAUCUAGUGAGAUGUAUCCCUCUGCCCCUGUCCCACAUCCGACCCCCAAAUUGGCAGAUGGAAAUCCUCAAUAUCCCGUAUAUUCUUCAGGUUUCCAGGCCUACCCCCAUCACCAGCCUUCUCUACCAACCAACUCUUUGGAUUCUCAACAUCCCCAGCCUCCCCAACGUCCCCAGCCUCCUCAACCUCAGUUUGCGCCUGAGCAAAUACAGGCAUUUAUGGCAAUGAUGGCUGCGUCUGGGUUUCAUUUCCAACCUCCUACUACCAGCGUCCCCGGGGAUAACGCUAAGUGA